UAAAGGUAAAACGUUUUAAAUAUUAACCUCAUUUUUUCUGCAUUGUUGUUUUUCUUUCCUAAACCUUACCAUCUGAUUUUCUCACGAAUAGGUAUCAAUUGACAAGGAUGUCCGUAUCAAAGAUGUGUUCUUUAAUUAAUUACUGUGUUAUCUUUAGGUGACUGGAAUCCGAUGUAUAAAAAGGUGUUAUAUCCGUAUAAUCAAAACAAUUAUACUCCACGGACACAUGUUGGUUAUUUAAAAGCUGCAGAAGAAGCUGUUAAAAAAUCGAGCGGAUAUCGUGAGAUUAAUGUGGAAGGAAUCAAAGGCUUAUCAGCAUUGACCGAAAUAUUUUCAUACCCAUCCCAAAUAAUUUUUGAUUAUAUGCAUUUAGUGUGA